AUGGCAUCGAAGAACCCAUCCCCCAAGCAGCAGCAACAGCUGCAAACGCAGUAUGGCAACUACAAGAAUACACUCCAGCAACUCGCCCAAAAGAUCGGCGAUGUUGAGCAGGAGGCUGAGGAGCACAAACUUGUAUUAGAGACCCUAAGUCCUCUUCCAGGCGACCGCAAGUGCUUUCGCAUGAUCAAUGGUGUGCUAGUGGAGCGAACUGUGGAAGAUGUCGUUCCUGCGCUGAAGACGAACGCUGAGGGCCUCAAACAAGUCCUCGACGAGCUCGUCAAGCAGUACAAGACAAAGCAAGAUGACCUCGAGAAAUGGAAGAAGAAGAACAAUGUUCAGAUCGUACAGUCAUGA